AUGACGAUCAUCGUCUCUGUAGCAUUAUCUUUACUAGCGAUAUUGAUAUCUGUACUCAUCUACAGCCGUAGAACUGAGAAACCAAAAGAUAUUCUCCUCGCGGGACCAAGUGGAUCUGGGAAGACAGCUAUAACAUUCGCUUUAUUGAAUACCUCAGCAAACAGUCGGGCGUCAACAAUCCCAAAUGUUAUUAAUCAUGAAGGAACAAGAAUAGUUGAGAUUCCUGGCCAUGAGCGUAUCAGCACCGAUACACUCAAGACACACCUUCCGGCUAAGCGUGUUCUUUACUGUAUGGACUACAAACAUCUCAAUCAGUCAGUGCAGCACCUUUCUGGAUUCCUUCAGGCGGUUGGAAACACUCCAGUUGUUAUCGUUCUCACAAAAUACGAUAAACAAUCUCAAGAGAGUCUCAUUCAACGUUCAAAAAACACUCUCGAAUUCGAACUCAACAAAAUCAGAAAGUCGAAGGUCGAUAAUGAUGGCAAGACAAUAGCACUCAACUACCCAUUCGUUGUUGUCGGUUCUAAGGACAUUUCUAAUCUAUUUGAAUAUAUACACUAA